AUGGCCGCAGCAUCCGUCCUCAUUCCCCUUUCCGCCAUCAACCAGAACGGAGGCACUCUUCCUCCCAGUGCCCUCGUCCAGCACUCCCCUCGUCAUGGCCGAAGCAGAGCUGCUAGCAUGAAGGGGAAGAACAGAUACAAUGUUCUCGAGAACCGAGACGUUGCCAUCUCCAAGGCUGUGUCCUUCGUGCUGAAGCGCGCAGUCCUCCAAAGCGAUGUCGAGGAGGAGAGCGAGGAGGAAGAGGAAGAAUCUACAGACCGCCUCGUCUCAACCGAUGAUGGCUGGGUACCUGUGUCUGACCUGCUUCAACACUCGCGAAUCACCGACCUCGGCACCACACUUCAAGACCUUCGCCGAAUUGAAUCCGUCGGAUCCAAGGCUCGGUUCGAGCUACGCCAGCGUCCAGGAAGCGAUGCUGAGGCCACGGAGUCAUUCCAAAUCCGCGGGACACACAAGCGGGACAGCGUACAGGCGCCCAUUCUCGAGGGCGAACCCCUCAAGGCUGAUGCUGAGGACUUGCCCGAGUUCGUGGUCUAUGAGACCUCGUACGAGGCUUACCCUCACAUCCUCGCCUCGGACGGCAUCCAACUUGCUGCCGGCGCCAAGUACAUUACUUUCACACCAGUCACCAUUGACGCUGACGGCAGCGAGUCUCGCCCCAACCGGACCAGCGAUGCCGACAUCGGCAUCUGGGUCCACCUUCGGACUGCUUUGGAGUCUGAGCCCAGCAUUGUUUGGCAGCGCACCGCUGCUGGCGGCAUCGCAACUGCCAACGAGGUUCCUAAGAGCCUGUGGAAGAAGGCAGUCGCUCGCCGACAGGAUAUCGGCCUGCUCUUUGAGGAUGGCGAGGUCCGGAAGGAGGUUCCUGAGGGGCUCAGGGGCAAGGGAUCCAAGGGUAAGGCCAAGAAGGGCAAGGGGUCCUUCAAGAGCCGAGGCGAGGACGCUUCCGACAGCGCCAGUGACGAGUAA